CGCGCCCGCGCGCGGCCCGCCGGGAAAAGCGACCCGGAAGCGGGGCGGGGGCGGUCCCCAUGGUAACGGGGCGGCCGCGCUGGGCGCCGCCAUGUCCUUCAAGCGGGACGGCGACGAGCCCGGGCAGCUGGCGGCGCUGCAGAAACGGCGCGUGGCGGACCUGCUGGCCAACUACAUCCCCGAGGAUGAGGCGCUGCUGCUGCGGAGCGGGAGGUACGCCUGCACGGUGUGUGCCCACCGGCCCAUCUUCGACACGCUGGAGGUGCUGGCAGUGCACCGGGCUGGCAGGAAGCACCUGGGCAGUGAGUGCAGGGCUGGGGGGGGCUGCUGCUGGGGGGGCCAUGCCGUGAACGCCUGCCUGCUUUCCCUUGCCUUCUCUUCCAGGCCUGCAGCGCUGCUACGGCAGCGAGCGCUGGCGGGAGGACACUGCGCAGGAGCAGCGGCACGAGGAGCUGGUGCGGGUGGAGGUGGCGGGUGCACAGGGCUCCCCAGCCCCUUUGCUGGCCCGGACAAGGAGGAUUGCCCAGAGCGCCCUGCUGAAGGCUGCUCCCUACAGCAGCUGCUGCCGGAGGACAGGGGCAGCUGGAAGCGGCGCACAAGGGGUGAGGACCCAGCCGGGGCCGAGCACUGCCCAGGCUCCCUCGCAGGAGGACAGGGGCGCCGUGGAGGCCACCCCUGCAGCCCUGCUGCCAGGGCACUGCAGCAGGCAAGCAGGUGCGCUGAAGGCAGCUUCCACCCACGCCGGCCAAGGCAGAAAAGGAAAAGCAGCAUCGUCAUCACCUCCGAGUCAGCCCGAAGCCCUCAGCCCUGCGAGGCGCCAGGCGCUGGAGCGGUACCUGCAGCUGCGGAGCGCCGGCUGGAUCCAGGAUCGCUCUGGCAAGUGGGUGAAGGAUGAGAACGCUGAAUUUGACUCCGAUGAGGAUGAGCCGCCUGCACUGCUGCCAGCCUGAGGUCCCUGACCCCCAGGGCUGCCCCCGACCCCGCUGCGUGCCACAAGAACAGAGGCAGCUGGAGAUGAAGGAGGCGUUCCAACCAUUGGGGCAGGUCCCGGGAAACAUGGUGUGGCACUGGGGG